AUGGAGAAUGUCACGGCACGGGCGACAAAUGGGAUAAACCUGACUUGCGGCGUGUCUGGAAGUCAUAACUUCAUCUUCACGUUCGUGCCCAUCGUCUACAGUUGCAAUUUUGUCAUCGGCAUCGUGGGUAACAGCAUGGUGGUCGCGGUCAUCUACUGCUACAUGAAGCUCAAGACUGUGGCUAACAUAUUUGUGCUCAACCUGGCAGUCUCCGACCUCACCUUCCUCAUCACCUUGCCCAUGUGGGCCACGUUCGCAGCUACGGGCUACCACUGGCCCUUUGGGGGAUUUCUGUGCAAGACUAGUGCAGGUCUGGUCAUCUUCAACCUAUAUACCAGCACCUUCUUCCUCACCGCGCUGAGCAUUGACCGCUACCUAGCCAUCGUGCACCCGGUGCGAUCACGCCGCUUCCGCACAGUGGUGUAUGCCCGCAUCACCUGCGUGGUCAUCUGGCUGGUAGCCUUCGUCCUCAGUGUGCCCACAGCAUUAACUCGGGAUGUGAUCAACAUUGCUAACUCCAACAAAACCUUGUGCGGAGUCCUGCACAUGAGUGAUGAGAAAGAUGUGAGGCUGAAGGGUCUCCUCCUUGCCAUCAGCCUGAUGAAAAGCCUGAUGGGUUUCCUAGUGCCCUUCAUCAUAAUCUUCACAUGCUAUUGCCUGAUCGGGCGGGCGCUGGUGGGCGCGAGGCACAUUCAGAAAAGCUCUAGGUCCCGGGACGACGAGGUCCUACGUAUGCUCGCUGCUGCAGUCCUGGCUUUUUUCCUGUGCUGGAUGCCGCACCAGGUGUUCCAUUUCCUGCAGGUUCUCACCCAACUCAUGCAGGUGGAGAACUGCACCAUGUUGGAAAUCAUCGACACCGCUAUGCCUUUCACCAUCUGUCUUGCUUACCUGAACAGUUGCGUCAACCCUAUCGUCUACGGCUUUGUGGGACGCAACUUCCGGAAGAACUGUAAACGACUGCUUCGUUGCUCACCCCCCGGACCCCCCGGGACACAUCCGAGCAUCAGCUCCAAAAUGAGCGCCCUGUCCUUCCGGGCUUCCGAGGCUCUGAGCCUAACAGCCUAUAAGAGCAAAGCCUCCUCUGACGGAAAGUAA